CACAUCUCGUUGACAAAUUGUGAGAUUUUUACAAGUGUAGAAGUAGUUCUUCGGAAAAAAGCCUUCUUAAACUUCUUGUGAUUUGAUUAAUUUUAGGUCCACUUCAGAAUCAAGCCAGAGCGGCGUUCUACUGGCCAGGAAACCAGUACAACGGCGCUACUCCUCCUGGAUUCUUUGCCAACGGAAAAUUUUACGCCAUCAAUCCACAAAUGAUCCCAACUAUACCUGGUAGACCUGAAAUACCACCUACAUCACCUACCGUCCCCGCCCUUACCGCAGCAACGAGCGUUCGCCCCAUCCAAAACUCCGUGAUUCAAAGCUCAACUGCCGGGGUUGUUACCUCCGCUGGGCAUGUGGUACAAUACCCGGGGGUGGUCAUGAGUUCCGGUAUCGAAAACCCCAGACUCAAAGUCGUCCCUCCGAACGUGACGGUUGUACCACAAUGCCCAAGAGGACGUUCCCCUAAAGAAGUCAAAUCUCCGGUGGUUAAAUCCCCGGGUGUCAAAACCCCGCCAUUGAUAAGAAGCCCGGGUGGUACACAAGCCAUAUUGCCCGUACCAGUUUCCCAGGGAGACGCGGCCAAAAAUUCACCGCGUGAAAAUGGCGCUAAAAGUUCCGAAGCUCGAAACGAAACGAAAGCGAGUAAUGCCACGGCUAGUCCCAGCAACCUCGUUUCUAUUAUGAAAACAUCGUUACGGCAAAAACAUUCCAAAGAAAACGUGCAACCGUUGCCCACCAUGUUUAAAAAUAAACGAAAACUCGAAGCGGAUAAAGGCGACGGACCGCCCGCAAAAAAGAACGGGAAACCGACCAUUUUUACGCCGCUCAACGAACAGGAAGCCGAGAAAUUGGCGAACGAUAUCUACGAUGUUAAUUUGGAAUAUUUUCCGUUUCAAACGCUCGCGGGAAAAGCCGCGCAGAGCGAGGAAGCCUUGUCUGAGACGCCUGACAGGCCAGAAAAGACCGAUAAAGUCAAAGAAAUUGAAAAAGUCAGGUAGGAACUACUGCCUAACUUUAUUUAUACCGGAUAGCUGUAUCAGUUCUAAACUGUUCUCCAACUUCUCCCUAGAGGCACAGUAAGGAUCAUCUCGUAUUGAUCCAGUAUUACUACAAGAGCUAACCUAAACUAAACUAACAUUAUUUAUACUGGAUAGUUCUAUCAGUUCUAAACUGUUCUUCCUAAAGGUCCGGUAAGAAUCAUCUCUUAUUGACCCAGUGUUACUGCAGGAGGAAACCUAAACUGAACUAACUUUAUUUAUACUGGAUAGUUCUAUCAGUUUUAAACUGUUCCUCCUAGAGGUCCAGUAAGAUCAUCUCUUAUUGAUCCAGUGUUACUACAGGAGGAAACCUAAACUAAACUAACUUUAUUUAUACUGGAUAGCUCUAUCAGUUCUAAACUGUUCUUCCUAGAGGUCCAGUAAGGAUAUCUCUUAUUGAUCCAGUGUUACUACAGGAGGAAACCUAAAUUAAACUAACUUUAUUUAUACUGGAUAGCUCUAUCAGUUCUAAACUGUUCUUCCUAGAGUUCCAGUAAGAAUCGUCUCUUAUUGAUCCAGUGUUACUACAGCAGGAAACCUAAAUUAAACUAACUUUAUUUAUACUGGAUAGCUCUAUCAGUUCUAAACUGUUCCUCCUAGAGGUCGAGUAAGGAUCAUCUCUUAUUGAUCCAGUGUUACUACAGGAGGAAACCUAAAUUAAACUAACUUUAUUUAUACUGGAUAGCUCUAUCAGUUCUAAACUGUUCUCCCUAGAGGUCCAGUAAGGAUCAUCUCUUAUUGAUCCAGUGUUGCCACACAAAUGAAAGGCUAACUAUAAAUAUUUUCAUUAUAUAUGCAACUAUCUAAACGGAGAUUUUCAUUCUCUAGAUGUCUACUCAAGGAUUUCUACGAUGUGACAUCAUCUUGCGCGGAAGAUCCGGAUAUGCAGAAAUUCGACUCCGCGUCUCGGAAAUUUGGUCGCAAAAAUAUCCUCAACCAUCUGUCGCUUUUGGAUCGAUACUUCGCUGAGCUGCAAAAGAAAUUGGACACAUAAGAAAUGAGGAACAUUUACUACGAAAGAAAGUAAACAUUCAAACUUCCGUGUUAAAGUUAGUUGCAAACGCGCGCUUUAAACAUGCGAGAAAGGGUUUAGUUAAGUGAAUGCAUGCGUGUCAUACAGCCAAUUCAAAAAAGGUUGUCAUUUGCAAACCUUAAAGAUGCGGUACAGUCCGUAUGUAAACAAAGGCUUUGUUUACAUUUCGGUAUCAAAAAUAUUGAAUUUUAUUCGACAACUAAUUACAUUUUCAUGAUUCUAGAGUAUAAUAAAUUAUCAAGAGACAACAAGCAAGCUUUGCAAGAACAUAAAAUGAAAUAAAAACCUAAAUAAACUGUUUGUAAAUAAAAAGAGGGCUCCUUUGUGCACAUGCGCAGAUCGGACUGUACCGCAUCUUUAAACCUUAGACUUUGAGCGUGCGAAGUUUAACGAGAGCACAAGUUUCAAGCUUAGUAUAGUUGAAUAUUGCAUGCAGCUCUAUUUGUGAAUGAAUUGUUGUCGUAAGGAGAUGUUUAUAGCAUGACUCAAGAAAUGGACCCUAUAGCUAUAGAUUUCUAAACUGAUUAAAUUAUGUUCCCGUCAUGCUUUGCACGCUUAGAGUUUAAGGUUUAAGGCCGUAGAGUUUAAGGUUUGCAAAGGACGACUUUUUUGUAUUAGCUGUAUAUACUAAUGAGAACUGGUGGAUUUAUUUGUUAUGGUGAUUUGAAAAACACUUGCAAUAGUUCCCAGAUUGUGUUUAAAAACGAAGCCGAUAAGUCUUUUUAAUCACCAUACUGAAAUAAAAAUUUAGGAGUAAAAUUUGAGUCCGUUUAUAACGAGCGGUCAUUAUUUAUGGCGGGGGAUGACACCGAAGACAAAUGUUUUUCUUGAUAAAAAUUUCGCUGAUCCAGUCAUUGAAAAGUGAAAAAAAAAUUUUUACCCAACCAAAUAUCAAUUGGAAAUAAAUACCCACCCCUGGCCAAAAACUUUACAAAAGGAUACCAUUCAGUUGUCACACAUGUCCUUUACCACUUCUGUGACACGAGUUUGAUAACUGCUUGUGCAAUUUUCUGCAGUCUAAAGUUUCAUGUUGUCUGCACAUGUACUUUCUUUGGAGACACCAUUUGCCUCCUGACAAAUCGGAAAAUGAUCGAGAUAGUGACUCUGAUUGAUUUACAUAUUGUAUUGACAUAUAGGACUGUUCAGUCUUCAAUUUAUGAGUGAGUCGUGCUUUGGAAAUGACAAUAAAUUUUUAUUACCCAACCCUUGAGUUGUUUUGUUUUUCAUUUACCAAACCUUUUAGUCACUCAAAAUUUUGUUUACCCAACCCUUUUCUCUUCGGUGCCUCGCCUCGCCAUAAUAAUGACCGCUCCCUUGAGCAGGCGAGCAAAAAGAUAUAUUAAUAAUGAUAUAAAGAAAAAUAUGUGUAAAAUAUUGUUAGAUACUAGCCAUGUAUUGUGCAAAAACGGUAGAGUUCAUAUCCAUUUAUAUGAAAUCAACUGAAUUUGUGCAAAGUAGAUCUAUAUAUAUGAUCGUAUGUAGUUUAAAAGGUCAAUUUAGUUGUAGUAGUAGUAAAAAUUAUUGAAAUAUUGGGGAAACUUAUUAAAACACUUUAAAAUUUGACGCAUAAG